AUGGCUCAGAACAGCUCAGACUUACUGACAGGUAUGGUGUAUAUUGGAAAAGAAAGCCAAGAAGGUAAAAGCUUAGCUAUCAUCAGAGAUAUAGCAAGACUGACCACUGCCGCUAACAGCCAGAUUACUGACAGGUAUGGUGAUAUUGGAAAAGAAAGCCAAGAAGGUAAAAGCUUAGCUAUCAUCAGAGAUAUAGCAAGACUGACCACUGCCGCUGUGAUGAGAAGGUACGAAAAAUGUGUCAGUUGGGGGUCUUUUUGUCGUACGGAAGAUAGCGCGUGGUCGUUGGUCGUUCAAGUGGGCAAGACCAUGUACCUGAAAAAAUCGUGUGCAAAACAUGGUGUGGGGUCGUGUGCAACGAAAUCUCGCUACUAUGAUUAUUUCCAGGAUUCUGCGCAUCCUUUUUACAGCUAUGAAAAUCGUUUUAAUUCAGAGCACUUACACGUUCCUCCGACCAGCAUGUCCAUCCUCAGCCAAGCCAAAGUGGAGGUUAGCGGUAUCAUAGGACCUUACCCUGUGGGAGGUACUCUGGUUCUCACCUGUCAAGCGCGUGGAGGGCGCCCUCCGCCGAAUGUCACCUGGUGGCAUGGAGGGGCACUCCUUGAUGAGGUCAGCGAGCAGGUCACGCCUUCCAUGACCUCUAAUACGCUGACCUUGCCUAACCUGAGUCGUCAGCAUUUGCACAGGGUCAUUACGUGUCAGGCGCAGAAUUCGAAUCUGACGGCGCCACUGUUGUCCGCUGUCACUCUGGAUAUGACGUUCCCGCCCCUCGAAGUGCGCAUCGUGGGCGAAACCACGCCCAUGGUAGAGGGGCGUGCCUACCAGCUGGUGUGCGAGGCGGGAGGUUCACGCCCACCAGCGUCUCUAUCGUGGUGGAUAGGCGGUGCUUCCAUCCCUAACGACAAGGGUCAGGCACAGCAGGGCAGCGGCGACGGCGGCACGGCCUCGAGCAGCAGCAGCGCCUCCAUCUCAGCCUCGGUCACGCAGCUGGUUCCCGGCCGCCACGUGGUGCGUCACCAGCUGGCUCAGGAAUCCGGGGGGAACGUGAGCAGAUCCGUCCUGCAGCUGGUCGCCAGGAGGGACCAAAACGGGGCCAUCUUGAUGUGUCGGGCCAAGAACCCCCUCCUGCCGCAGGUCGCCCUCGAGGACUCGCUCGCCCUCGACGUCCAGUACCCCCCAAGGCUGAAGCUCCACGCGGGGAAGAACUUGGUCAUGAGUGACAUCAAGGAGGGGGAUGACGUGUACUUCGAGUGUGACAUCGAGGCCAACCCGAAGGUGGACCGCGUGAGGUGGUUUCAUGAGGGCGUGGAGGUCCACCACAACGUGACCGCCGGCCUCAUCCAGAGCAACCAGAGCAUCGCCCUCCAAGGAGUCACAAGGUCGUCCUCGGGCCACUACUCCUGCAGCGCCGCCAACCGCCAUGGGUCCUCCUCGUCCACCAAGUUGCUGCUCAAGGUCAAAUUCCGGCCAGUGUGCGCCCCGGACCAGCAGUGGACGUACGGCGGGGGGAGCGACCGCGCCGUGCACGUCCGCUGCCGCGUGAACGCCCACCCGGAGGCCCACACGUACCGCUGGGCCUUCAACACGUCCACGGAGACGGUGUACAUCCCCCGCAACCGGACCAAGAAGCAGGGGAGGAACACUAGCGUGAUGAGCUACACGCCGGCGUCGCAGCAGGACUACGGCACUCUGCUCUGCUGGGCGCACAACCAGGUCGGGCCGCAGCUGCGCCCCUGCGUCUACCUCGUCACGCCCGCAG